AUGUAAAUGAGAUAUUUCUAUAUUUAUUCUAAAAUAAAUCUGCAAACAUUUCUAAAAACAUGUUUUUACUUUGUCAUUUGAGGUAUUGUUUGUAUAUGGGUGAGAAAAAAAAAAUAUAUAUAUAAUCCAUUGUGGCUGUUACCCAACAAAAUGUGGACUAAAGUCAAAGAAGGUCUGAAUACUUUUGUGAAAAUUGUAAUACCAGAGAGGUUAUAAUAGAUAGAGAGGGAGAGAAUGUGCGUCUGUCUGAGUUCGUACCACUGUUUGAACAUGUACGCCUCAAUGAAAUGAAAUACUGUUGCUAAGUGACACUUUUGUUUGUAAACAUUUUUAUUGUAACGUGGACCGAUGGGCAGGAGACUUGGAACUGUCUCUAUGACAACAUGUAUUACGUUGUAAAUGCGACCGUAGAAACCUGUUGUACUGAAGUUAGCCGCUCCACACAUACCUUCUGUAACUGACUGACCGUCAUGAACGAGAAUGGAAGCAACACUAGUGUGUAGAUUAUCUUUCUCUCUGCACGUAGCCUAGUGGUCAGAGCGUUGGACUAAUAACCCAAAGAUUGCCGGAUCGAAUCCAAGAGCUGACAAGUCGAGGAGACCCAGUGCGGUUGCAUGGAAAUGGACAGCGAGAUAGAAAGUGGUAGGAAGAGACGAGUCAACAGCAAAGAUGAUCUGAUAGCUGAUGUUGGUUCAGGGAGCCUAGGUUGCUGUGGCUGGCUCAUUGUGAUCCUCUCUGGACUGUUCGUCUUCUCCCUGUUCCCCUUCACCAUCUGGUUCUGUAUAAAGAUAGUUCAGGAGUAUGAACGUGCUGUCAUCUUCAGGCUGGGCCGUAUUACAGACCGGAAGGCUAAGGGACCAGGUAUCUUUUUCGUGCUGCCAUGCACAGACUCCUUCGUGAAAGUGGACCUGAGAACCGUGUCAUUCGACAUUCCUCCACAGGAGAUUCUGACUAAGGACUCUGUGACAGUGUGUGUUGAUGGGGUGGUGUACUUCCGGGUGAGUGACCCCAUCUCCUCGGUGGCCAACGUGUCCAACGCAGACUUCUCCACCCGUCUCCUGGCCCAGACCACCCUGAGAAACGUCCUGGGAACCAAGAACCUGGCAGAGCUGUUAUCAGACCGCGAGGGCAUCUCACACAGUAUGCAGGCCAGUCUGGACGAGGCUACUGACCCGUGGGGUAUCAAGGUGGAGCGUGUGGAGAUCAAGGAUGUGAAGCUGCCCCACCAGCUGCAGAGAGCCAUGGCUGCAGAGGCAGAGGCCACCCGGGAGGCCAGGGCGAAGGUGAUUGCAGCGGAGGGGGAGAUGAACGCCUCUCGGGCCCUGAAGGAGGCGUCUCUAGUGAUCGCUGAGUCUCCAUCAGGCCUCCAGCUGAGAUACCUCCAGACCCUCACCACCAUCGCCGCGGAGAAGAACUCCACCAUCAUCUUCCCUCUGCCCAUGGACGUCAUCAGUCACUUCAUGAAGAAGUGAUGUCAUCAAAACUCGCCACCCACCACUACUGUCUAAUGUAACCAUUCAAUCAGUUGAUUUAGUUGAUUCGGGUGAUUUGAAAGAAGAAAAAAAAAAGUUUCAUUUAUUUUCUGCGAGGAUUGUUUCAGAUUUCAGGAUUAGAUGGGAAUGAAACACCACCCAAUAACGUUUUAGGGAAUGUAUAUCUGCAUGGUCAAGACCUUCGUUUGUCUGUUAUGGUGGAAAUUGAAAACCAUUUAAAUGUCUUUCUAGUGUGUUAAAAAAUAUAAAAAAAAUAUGUUUGAAAUA